AUGGCGCGCAAGUCAGCACGGACGAUCGCAGCUGCCGAAGCAGCUGCCUCAAACCAAUCUGACGAGGAUACAUCUGAUCUGUCUCCAAGGUCAUGCUUGACGUGCGGACGGGUGAUCACACCUCGAGCCAAGUGGGCGAAGGAUUGGGCGGGUAUCAAGUACUGCUCUAAUCGCUGCAAGACAACAAGGCCGGGAAAGGUGGUAGCGAAAUUUACACACCACGGGGAUCUGGGAGAUCUGUCAGGACGCACCAGUGUGAAAAGGGACGCAGAAGAAGUGAAAGUUGACCUAGAGACGUUCGUUGAAUCGGUACUACUGGAUGUUGCUUUCAGUCAGAAGGAUGAUACGCUGGAAGACGUUCAUGAGAAGAUUCGAGACUUGCUGAAGAGCGCAUUGAUACCCUUUGAUCAAGGCAAGGAGAGGGAUAGUGGUUCAAGCGACCACGAAAGAGACGACCCAAAAGGAGAAACGCAUCCGCUUUGGAAAGCCUUGGACAGUCCACCAGGCAUGAGAGAGCGCGUCAAGAGAGCUGCAAGACGUCUUGCUUUAGGCAUCACGCACGACUCAAAUCCAAAGCAAACCAACAUCACGUCCACAGACAAGGGCUCCAUAGAGCUUCUGCAAGGAGGAAAGCCGCUACGCACAGUUGAACAGUUGUCAUUCGCAAAAGGCGUCAUUCAUGUCAGGCGGAAAGCGUAA